CAGAGCUCCGUGUCUUAAAUAGUGUGGCGGCUGUUUGGGCUUUACAGAGUUUAUCCAGAAACACGCACACACAGGAGUGUAGGAUUAUUGAGAUUAUUUUAAAGCCUUUUUAACUCCUUAUGCAGUCAGGAGUGAUGAAUUCUCCGUAUUUUUGCGCUCUUCACCCUGUGCUGUGUUUGGACCUCCACCAGCAGAUGGCUCAGCCAUACCGGCUUCACUCUCACACCGUCACUGUGGCCGAGAGACUCGCAGAGUUGAUCCUCGAGGCACGUGAUGGGGGUCAGCAGAAGCAGCGGAGGAGCAGGACGGCUUUCAGCGUGUCACAGCUGCAGGCGUUGGAGAAAGCUUUCCAACAAACCCAGUAUCCUGACAUGGCCAUGAGAGAGAGGCUGGCCGUCUGCAUCAACCUCCCCGAAGCACGCAUUCAGGUGUGGUUCAAGAACAGGCGUGCGAAGUUCCGCAAAGGACAGCGAUUCACUCCUCUCCCGAAAAGACGUGCUCCAGAAGACACCAAACAAGCAAAAGCUGAGCUCUCAGACGAAGAGAAAAGCACCAAGCAGGAAACACCACUUUCAGACAUCAGUGCUAGUCGUGUCAGCACUUCCACAGGCGGCAUGGCUCGUUUCCAGACUCCGUGUCGGCUGAAUUCUCCGUCUUCUCUCCAACCGUUCGUAUUUGGAGAACAACACAAGCAUCCAAGCCUUCUCUCCACUGCUCUGCCUUUCUCUGCUUCCUUCUUACCCUUCAUACAGCCUCAGUGCGGUACGGCAGACGUCAUGGCAAUGCAGAAAUGCAGCAGCCUUGGGCUACACAUUAAAUCCAUGGCGCAUCCAUGUCUGGACUUGUAGCUGCACCACCCAAAAAAGAAAACCCAAAACACAAACCUUGUUGAGCCAGUUGUCGGUGUGAGGAGAGGAACAGGUGCUCCUGGGUUGUACUGCACCUCGAGAGAAAGUUCACAUUAGGGCUGUAGUGUGUGUAACUGCUGUUAAACGACCCCUUGACUCGAGUGUUUACACAUCUGUUGAGAGCUCACAACAUGGUGGGAAUUUUUUAAAGCACUUUUUAUAAAUACACUUUUUCUUUUUUUUUUUUUUUUAAUAAAGACACACUUCAUUUUUGCAUGGUGCAAAAAAGCACUAUAGGUAUAACAUCUCAUUGUUCUCAUUGUACUGGAAAGUAUUUACAAAACUGGUGUAACUUGAUCAAAUGUUUGCCUGGGCGUCUGCUGAUAAUGUAACAACCAGACUGAUUGUGUUAUAAAUAAAGUUUACUCAAA